AUGGCUCUGAGCUCUCGGGCGCAAGCCUUUUCAGUAGAAGCCUUGGUGGGGAGAACCAGCAAAAGAAAAGUGCAAGAUCGAAGAAAGGAGGUGCAGCCUGAGCUACAGGAGAAAGAGAGGGGAAAGGAGGGAGAGAGGAGCAGCGUCACAGGGAAGGAGCGUGAGCAGCCGGAAAAGCGACCCAAGACAGAGUCCUCAGCAACUUUCUCAGGCAGCAGCAGCGGCAGUGGCAGCGGAGGCGGAGGCAAUGAAGAUCUCAACAAGGGUGAAACUCGGGGAGAGAAAGAUGCUAUCCAAGUGGAGCUUCAAGGAUCUGAGCUGUGGAAGAGAUUCCACGCCAUUGGGACUGAGAUGAUUAUUACCAAAGCCGGCAGGCGGAUGUUCCCCUCUGUUCGGGUCAAGGUGAAAGGGCUGGACCCAGGGAAGCAGUACUAUGUGGUCAUGGAUGUAGUGCCUGUGGAUUCCAAACGCUAUAGGUAUGUGUACCACACCUCUCAGUGGAUGGUAGCUGGGAAUACUGACCACUCCUGCAUCGCUCCCAGGCUCUAUGUUCACCCAGAUUCUCCCUGCUCAGGAGAGACCUGGAUGAGGCAGAUAAUCAGCUUUGAUCGCGUGAAACUCACCAACAAUGAAAUGGAUGACAAAGACCAGAUCAUUCUGCAGUCCAUGCACAAGUACAAGCCCCGUGUGCACGUGAUGGAGCAGGACAGCAGAGUCAGCCUGUCCUGGAUUCAGUCCCUGCCCACCGAAGGAGUUAAAACAUUCUCCUUUGAAGAAACAGAGUUCACCACGGUAACAGCUUAUCAAAACCAGCAGAUUACCAAACUGAAAAUAGACAGGAAUCCUUUUGCUAAGGGAUUUAGAGAUCCUGGAAGAAACAAGGGUGUGUUGGAAGGGCUUUUAGAGACCUACCCAUGGGUGCCUUCUCUCACUCUGGAUUUUAAAACUUUUGGUUCAGACACACAAAGUGGAAGCAGUGGCUCAUCUCCAGUGACGUCUAGUGGAGGGGCUUUGAACUCCUUGCUUUCUCCACCUUGUUCCCCACCUACAUUUCACUUACCUACAAGUUCCCUUGGAAUGGCCUAUCCGGAGGUGUACCUGCACAGUAUCAACUUGCCCCUUUGCUACAAGAUUUGUCCAACUGAUUUUUGGCGACAGCAGCCUCUUGUCUUGACUGCUGCUGAAAACCUAGCAAGCAACAGCAGUUCUCAGUCAUUAAGCCCACUCAUGAUGGAAGUUGCCAAUUCAAAAAACAGUUCAUCUACAGACGUCAAUGGGCAGUGUCUAUCAGAACGCAAUUCUUCCAAUCAAAUACUGUAUGGAUUUCAGGCAACUGGAAACAUUUUAUCACCAAACCUCAUUGCCAGGGAAACAGUUCAUUGCUCUUUCCAUCCUUCCUUUUGCUUUUAUAGGUAUAAUUUCACUAUGCCGUCUAGACUGGUGAAUGCUUCAAACCAUCUCAAAAUGAAUGACAAUACUCAAGUUUCUUUUGGAGAAGGCAAAUGCAAUCAUGCUCAUUGGUAUCCAACCAUUAAUCAUUGCCUUUAAUGAAAUAGUCACAUUACUAUAACAAUUAAAAGUAAGCAUACAGUUUUUCAUUUGUAUCCAGAUAACAGUCAAGAGUUAUUUGGCUUAAAAGAUUUCAUUAUCAGAGAGCAUUUCUCUGUUAUGCAUUUAAAGUGCCUUAUUAAAUGUUCAUGAGAAGUCACAUUCAUUUUUCACCUAUGCCAAAUAUGAUCCAUAAUAAUCUCUGAUUACAAUGGCUUUGGGCCUCAAAAUAAGAUUCUCACUAAAUGUUAUGUUUUGAGAUGAACUACCAAUGAAAAUUUACCCCAGGAGAUGAAGUCUGUAAUUAUAGUGAAGCCAGUGUACCAUAUCAAUUGCUCUUACACAUUGACAAUGACCAAAAGAAGAUGGAUUUAAUUUCUGUGAAAGCAGUGAAACAAUUCUAGAUCUAUCUAUGAAUAUUGGCUUCAUUGUAAUUGUCUUUUUAGUAAUUGCAGGAGAAAAUUUCAUUGUUCAUUUGUCUUAUACUUUUAUAUUAUAUUAUAUCUGUAUUAUAUUAUAUAUACUAGUAGCUGAUGAAGGGGCUACUAAUAUCAAUAUUAAGGUGCAAGUAAAGAUGCAAACAUUUAAAUAUUAA